AUGAUCUCACUUCAAACUGCCCUCUUACUUGGAAUCCUGUACACACAACUAUGUCCAUCCGAAACAGCUGCUAUCCCGGCCAAAACAGUCCUAUUCCAAACAUCCAAUUCCGCUCAACUUCGCACGAAACGAUUUGCCCAGUCGCAUCGGAUACAAUUUCGCGAUCGACUGCUCAGUCCGCUGAGCCGAGCCACCCCGGUGAACACAAUCGAGCUGGAAAAGCUGCAAAUUUUCAAAGGUGCCGGUGCCAAAUCCGACGAAUGUUUCAAAUGUUUAUGGAGUUGCAAAGGUGGUUGCGUCUACUCGUGUUAUACAAUUUGCUAA